AUGGAUCCCCUGAAGGCACCUAAGACCAAUGCUAGCCCCAGCUCUGGCUCUGGCUCCAACCUUCUCUUCAUCAACUCCGCUGGGCCUGCUUAUAGCCGUCCCCGGGAUCAAGCCACCACGCGCCAGAUUCGCCAGCAUGUAAUGCGAGACAUUGGUAGAGCUCGACGGAAGCCGCGCCGUAAUCCGCAAGUCAACUUGGAAGUUCGGCCUUCGAAGAAGAUUACCGAUCUGUCUUCAUCAUCUUGCUCUUGCGUGGUUGCAGGAUUAAACAAUGGAUGUGGUAGCUGCUCUCAGCUAGCUGCAGGGCUACCGUUGCAACGCCUCGGCGGGCCGCAUCUUCCUUCUCUUCCUCGUCCUUUCUGGGAUCAGCACCCUUUAGCCAUGAUGGAACAUAACUGGGGUAUGGAUGCAUUUGCAGCGUACGGGCUAGCACUUGCAGUCAACUGGGAACAGUCUCAUAGCGCUUCUGAAUUUUGCCGUAAUUUCCUCACUGGACCCGAGGUCCGCGCAGCAAUCCACUCACAGACGAGAGAAAAGAGCAUUGCUUUUGCUUUGGCUCGUUCAAUAGAGGUCACAUCUUGUAUAAAUAGUCGGUUGCUGCAAUCCGACGUCACCGCAGCGACGGCUGUCAACGUUAUUCAUGCAGUCAUGGGCUGCAUCUGCUAUAAUUUUAUUAUUUUAGAAUUUGAACAAGCUCGCGUCCAUUUGAGUGGACUGAAACUUAUGAUUGCGACAAGAGGCGGGAUUGAGAGCUUAGCAAAUGAGAAACAGACUCUCCUCAUGCUUUUCUGGGUUGAUACGAUAUCUUCUCUAAUAUUCGACACAAAACCCCGGUUCCCUAUGCCAACGUUCUUAAUACCUCCCCUGCCAAACGAAGAAUUGUCUGAGUUACUUACAACAUUGGAACCAAACCUCAGCAUCUUAUGCUCUAAGACAAAUACUCAUCACGUAGUCAUAGCCUCUGCUCUUCAAGACAUAUGGAGCGUAUGCAAAUUAAUUCGAUCAAAAUUAGACACAUUAGGCGAUGAUCUAUGGAGAGAAGAAGUCGAUCUCGGCACUCGACUCAAUCCAAUCGCAUACCGGCUUCUUGACUCUGAUCCUCACUCGCAUACAGAUACACCAUGCUGUAUGUUGCAGGCUCUUCGCUUGGGAAUACUUCUCUGGAUCCUUGGAGUCAAACAGAAAGCUCAAUCUUACCCAGGUUCACCAGCCUCAUAUAUCACCAGACUACUGGAGCGAAUGCAAAGCCAAAGCAUGAUGAAUCUUGCUUCACAUUUGCCUUAUUUUACCCCGUACCAGCUCUGGCUACUAUUUCUCAUUGCGACUAUGACAUUAGACCCGGCCGAUAAAGCAGUUGCUUUACAAUUAGUUGCUCGCAUAAUGAACGAAAGAAGAUUGGCCUGGAGAGACGUAACGGCGUACAUGAAACAACUUCCGUGGAUAUGCGGAUUCAUAGCCUAUAACGAGUCACUCGCCGCAGAAGUGGAGCUGUUGCGUGGCGUAACUUCCGACAUUUUAUGA